UCUCUCUCUCUCUCUUUUUGUCAUGAAACAUCAUAUAUCCCUCUAUUAUCUCAAAAAACAAUCAGAAGAUUGCAAAGUAUUUGAGCCCAUAUCUCUAUCAUCUCCAUCCUUUUCUUAUAUCUGACCUUACUUAUUAUUGGUCUAUUAAUCUGUUACAUAUAUAUUAGAAAAUAAUGGCUCCAACAACAGAGGAGAGUGAGCCAGUAAGAAUGAUUGAGGUGGGAGAGAUAGGAAGAAGAGCUUCAAGUUUCAGAAAUGGGUCGACGACGGCAGAGGACCAGGAGGACGACGAUGGCCACGUUGGAGAUGCUUCUCUUUGGAAGUUGAUCGACAGAUUGCCGACGUUUGAACGGUUGAGAUUGUCAUUGUUCGAGGACGACAAUGGUAGGAGAAAAGUUGUCGAUGUUACUAAACUAGGAGAUGUGGAACGCCAUCUCUUUAUUCAAAAACUCAUCAAGAACAUUGAGAAUGAUAAUCUAAAGCUUUUGAGAAAAGUUAAUGAGAGAAUACACAAAGUUGGUGUGAAAUUUUCAACCGUUGAAGUGAAGUACAAAAAUGUGAAUAUUGAGGCAAAAUGUGAAGUUGUUCGAGGGAAAGCACUUCCAACGCUUUGGAAUUCACUUCAAACCAAGCUUUUUGAAAUCAUCAAAUUUUGUGGAGCGAAGUCCCAUGAAGCUAAAAUUAAUAUACUUGAGGACGUCAGUGGUGUCAUAAAACCAGGAAGGUUAACUUUGCUUCUUGGUCCUCCAGGAUGUGGAAAGACCACACUACUAAAAGCCUUAUCUGGAAAUCUUAACAAAUCUCUCGAGAUGAGAGGAGAAAUUUGGUACAAUGAAAAGAAAGUAGUAGAAGAAAUUGAACCACAAAAGAUGUGUGCAUAUAUAAGCCAAUAUGAUCUACACAUUCCUGAAAUGACUGUGAGGGAAACCCUAGACUUUGCAACCCGUUGUCAAGGUAUCGGAAGUCGAGCAGAUAUGAUGAAGGAGAUUUGUAAAAGGGAGAGGGAACUAGGAAUUACACCCGACCUUGACGUUGAUACUUACAUGAAGGCCAUUUCUGUUGAAGGACUAAGACAAAGUCUUCAAACUGAGUACAUACUCAAGAUCCUUGGGAUUGAUAUUUGUGCGGACACCAUGGUUGGUGAUGGUAUGAGAAGAGGCAUUUCAGGAGGACAAAAGAAGAGAUUAACUAUGGGAGAAAUGAUGGUUGGUCCAUACAGAGGGUUGUUCAUGGACGAAAUUACGAAUGGAUUAGACAGUUCCACGGCCUUCCAAAUAGUAUCUUGUCUACAACAUUUAGCUCAUUUCACAAAUGCCACCAUUCUUGUUUCUCUUCUCCAACCAUCUCCAGAGACCUUCGAACUUUUCGACGAUAUAAUCUUGAUGGGACAAAAAAAGAUCGUAUAUCAAGGUCGUCGUGAUCGAGUUCUUGAAUUCUUCGAGCAUUGUGGAUUCAAAUGCCCCAAGCGAAAAGGGGUUGCCGAUUUUCUUCAAGAAGUGAUUUCAAGAAAAGAUCAACCACAAUUUUGGUGUCCCAAUAAUAAUAAUAAUGAACAAACUCCCUACUCAUAUGUCUCGGUGGAUGAACUGUGUAGGAAGUUCAAGACCUAUAAUUCAGAAAGGAAAUCAUUAGUUGAUGAAGAAGAAAUGAUUUCAAUAAACUCACCAAAUAAUAAUAAUAAUAAUAAUAAUAAUAAUAAUAAUAAUUUUGGUAAAAGUUCCAAAAGUUGCCAAGAAAUAGAUGAAGUUUCUUCAAUUUCUAAAUGGGAAGUGUUUAAAGCUUGUGCAUCGAGGGAGCUCCUUCUCAUGAAAAGAAAUUCCUUUCUUUAUGUCUUCAAAACUUGCCAGCUAUUUAUAAUUGGUUUGAUGACAAUGACUGUGUUUCUAAGAACUAGAAUGGAAAUUGAUAUUGAAGAUGGCAAUUACUUCAUGGGAGCCCUUUUUUUUGCUCUCAUUUUACUUCUUGUUGAUGGGUUUCCAGAAUUGGUUAUGACUAUUCAAAGACUUGAAGUUUUCUAUAAACAAAAACAGUUCUAUUUCUACCCAGCUUGGGCCUAUGCUAUUCCAGCUGCCAUUCUCAAGAUCCCUCUUUCCCUCCUCGAAUCCAUAGUUUGGACUUCUCUUACUUAUUACGUCAUUGGCUUCGCUCCUCAACCUGUCAGGUUCUUUCAACAGUUUUUUAUUCUGUUUGGGGUGCAUUUAUCAGCGUUGUCCAUGUUUAGACUGAUAUCUUCAAUUUUCCAAAGCCAUGGUGCUUCCAUUACAGUAGGCAAUUUUGCAAUAUUAUUUGCCUUGUUAUUUGGUGGCUUUAUCAUCUCACAUCCAUCCAUGCCAGCUUGGUUGGAAUGGGGUUUUUGGGUUUCACCAAUUAGUUAUGGAGAAAUUGGCCUUUCACUCAAUGAAUUUCUCGCACCAAGGUGGCAAAAGGUACAAGCUACAAACACUACAAUAGGUCAUGAAGUGCUUAAAAGCCGAGGACUUGAUUAUCAUAAAAGCUUGUAUUGGAUUUCAGUCGCAGCCUUGUUCGGAUUGGCAUUCAUUUUCAAUAUUGGAUUUGUCUUGGCACUAACUUUCCUCAACCCUCCUGGAUCAUCUCGCGCUAUUAUCUCAUAUGAAAAGCUUUCCCAAUCUAAGAACAAUGAAGAAUGCGAUGGUGGAGCUACUUCUAUGGAACAAGGUCCUUUUAAGACCGUCGUAGAAUCCAAGAAAGGAAGAAUAGCAUUGCCUUUCAGACCUUUAACAGUAGUGUUUCAAGAUUUGCAGUAUUAUGUGGACAUGCCAUUGGAAAUGAAAGAAAGGGGCUUCACCCAGAAGAAACUCCAACUCCUUUCUGAUAUUACGGGGGCUUUAAGGCCUGGUGUUCUCACAGCAUUGAUGGGUGUAAGUGGAGCUGGAAAAACAACUCUGCUUGAUGUUCUUGCUGGACGAAAAACGAGUGGAUACAUCGAAGGAGAAAUCAAAAUUGGUGGUUUUCCUAAAGUUCAAGAAACAUUUGCUCGAAUAUCUGGUUAUUGCGAACAAACUGAUAUACAUUCUCCUAGAAUAACAGUGGAAGAAUCUCUGAUCUUCUCUGCUUGGCUCCGUUUGGCACCUGAUAUCAACUCGAAAACAAAAGCACAAUUUGUGAAUGAAGUCAUUGAGACCAUUGAACUUGAUGGCAUAAAAGAUAUGUUGGUUGGCAUACCUGGUGUUAAUGGUCUAUCAACCGAGCAGCGUAAACGGUUAACCAUUGCUGUAGAGCUUGUCUCGAAUCCUUCUAUCAUCUUCAUGGAUGAGCCAACCACUGGUUUGGAUGCAAGAGCAGCUGCCAUUGUAAUGCGAGCGGUUAAGAAUGUGGUUGAUACUGGAAGAACAAUCGUUUGUACCAUCCACCAGCCGAGUAUCGACAUCUUUGAAUCCUUCGAUGAGUUGAUUCUUUUGAAAACUGGUGGUCGCAUGAUCUAUUGCGGACCACUCGGACAAUGUUCAAGAAAGGUUAUAGAAUAUUUUGAGCAUGUUCCUGGGGUUUCAAAGAUAAGAGAAAACUACAAUCCUGGAACAUGGAUGUUGGAAGUUACAUCUCCAUCGGCCGAAGAUGAACUUGGCAUAGAUUUUGCUCAAGUGUACAAGAACUCUGCUCUAUAUAAGAACAUCAAAGACCUUGUAAAGCAGUUGAGCAGUCCACCUCCAGGUUCAAGAGAUUUGCAUUUUUCGAAUGUCUUUUCACAAAGUUUCAUCGAACAGUUCAAGGCUUGCUUUUGGAAACAAAACUUGUCAUAUUGGAGAAAUCCUUCUUAUAACUUACUCCGCUUCCUACGAACAGUUGCAUCGUCUUUAAUUUUUGGGAUACUAUUCUGGAAACAAGGGAAAAAUCUAGAAAACCAGCAGAACUUGUUCAAUGUUUUCGGUUCGAUGUACACUGCUGUAAUCUUCCUUGGCAUUGACAAUUGUUCAUCAGUCCUUCCUAAUGUAUCAACGGAGAGAACUGUCAUGUACAGAGAAAGGUUUGCUGGGAUGUAUUCGUCAUGGGCUUAUUCACUAGCACAGGUGAUUGUUGAGGUUCCUUACCUAUUUAUACAAGCAGCUGCCUAUGUCAUUAUCGUUUACCCAAUGAUUGGGUACUAUGGAUCAGCAACCAAAAUACUUUGGUGUUUCUACUCAUUUUUGUGUGCAUUUCUCUGUUACAACUAUCUUGGGAUGUUGCUUGUCUCCAUUACACCAAACUUUCACAUUGCUAACAUUUUGUCCUCUGCCUUCUACACCGUCUUCAAUCUCUUUUCUGGGUUUCUUGUUCCGAAUCCGCGAAUCCCAAAGUGGUGGACGUGGAUGUAUUACAUUACCCCAACAUCAUGGACUUUGAAUUGUUUACUAACUUCACAAUAUGGAGAUAUAGACAAGACAUUGACGGUGUUUGGAGAAAAGACAACAGUAUCAGCUUUCCUAAGAGAUUACUUUGGGUUUCAGCACAGUCAACUUCCACUUGUAGCAGUCAUUCUCAUCCUCUUCCCUCUUGUAUUUGCUCUUCUUUUUGGAUUUUGUGUAGGAAAAUUGAAUUUCCAAAAAAGGUAAACAAAACCAAUUUCCUUUGUAGAAAAUGAAAGACAACUGUAUUUUGUCCAUAAUGUUUAUAUUUGAAAAUUUUUAAUAUUGUUCA